AUGAAUAGUGACAUAAGUGAUGAUGAAUCAGAUAAUUUAACAUCAGUAGAGCGUCAACGGCCGUCGGCUGUACAUUUAUUUGCGAAGAAAAUACCUAAUUCAACAAACUAUCAAUGUAACUUGUGUCCUAAUUCCAAGGUCAUUUCUUGUGGUGUUGGCACAAACGCAAAUAUCCGACGCCAUUUGGCUAGUCAGCAUGGAUUAACUCAAUUAAAAUCCAAAAGUCAUCCUGAAAGACAUACUUUACAAAUUGAUUCUAUGCGAAAACGACUUUAUGAUUCUGCUGCUAUAGCAGCUAUUAUUAUGGAUGGUCGACCGUUCGGUGACUUUAAAAAAAAAGGUAUGCUUGCUUUUGAUCAACUUCACAUAAAUGUGUUAUUCUCUUUUGACUGGAGAGUAGCGGAUCUAUCUUUUUUGGACCCGGCCCGGGCCCGGAAUAAAGAAAAAAAUCUGGACCCGGAUCCGCCCGGGGUUGGGCCGACCCGCUCCUCCCUACUUUUGACCUAUAAUAAUAAAAAAAUUCCAGUAUUCUAUUUGCUAAAAUGUAAACAAAACUCUAUACACUUUAACGAAUUAAGGAAUAAAUUGAAAAUACUCAUACAAUUACAAUUGUAUGGAACUUGCUCUUAUCUAAAGUUCACUUCUAUAAUAAGCCAAAUUGAAGAUAAUUUAGUUCCACUAUAAUCGAUCUUAAUUGAAAAGAAUAACCGAAGGAUUUACACAGCGCCAUUUAUCUCUAGUUGAAACCAUUUUCUAUUUAAUAUUACACGUUUUCAAACAUUCACUUAUAUUAUAGGCAUGGCUGGUUUCUUGUCAACCGUCACACCUGGUUAUUAUGGGCCACAUGAAAAACCGGUGC